AUGGUCAAGGCUGUCUCCAAGUUCCCCACGAUCGGUGGCAAGGACCUUGGGUACAGGGGCUCUGGAGAUCUAGUAGCCGUUGCUGUUCUCCGUGGUGACGCUAAGGUCGCCGGCACCGUCACCUUCGAGCAGGCUAGCGAGAGUGCCCCUACCACCAUCUCCUGGAACAUCACCGGCCACGAUGCCAACGCUGAGCGUGCUUUCCACGUUCACCAGUUCGGUGACAACACCAACGGCUGCACCUCCGCUGGCCCCCACUUCAACCCCUUCGGCAAGAACCACGGUGCUCCCACUGACACCGACCGUCACGUCGGUGACCUUGGCAACUUCAAGACUGACGCUGAGGGUAAUGCCAACGGCUCCAAGCAGGACAGCCUCGUCAAGCUGAUUGGUGCCGAGUCCGUUCUGGGCCGCACUCUCGUCGUCCACGCCGGUACCGAUGACCUCGGCAAGGGUGGUAACGAGGAGUCCAAGAAGACUGGUAACGCCGGUCCCCGCCCUGCUUGCGGUGUCAUUGGUAUUGCCGCAUAA